AUGGAGGGAAAUCACGGAGGCGAUCCCCGCGCCGAGCAUGCCGCAACCAAGGAGUCCGAGGCGGCGGCAACGCAACACCAUCUGACGCUGCUCCAGCCGACCGUGGUCGAAGUUUCUGCAGCCGUGCUGGAUAAGAACAAGGUGGGGGAGCACGAGUCGGUGGGGCUGGUCGGUGGCUCUCCACCUUCUGGUGGACGGGGGAGGCGUAGGCAGAGGAAGAGCGAUGGGGAGGACGAUUAUGACACCGCCGUGCCCGGGGACCUCAUUACGCGGGCGAAGAGGCGGCAGACGACAGGUAGUGCUGACGACGCCGGUGGCGCGGCAGUUGGGACACCGCGAGGCGCCAAGGAAGCUAGUGGCAAGGCGGGCGGUCAAGCAUUGCGCCAGAAGGGCCGACCCGCAGCAAGAAAAGCAUCCGGCGGAAGGAGAGGCAAGAAAGCAGCGACGGGAACAAAGCCGAAACGGGGCGAUGAAGACCCCGGUGAUGCGGAGGAGGAGGAGGAUGAGGAGGAGGAUGCGGAGGGAGAGGAGGAUGAAGAGGAAGCGGAGGAGGAUGACGCGGAUGUUGGGGAGGAUGAAAAAGAUGAGAAUGAUGGCGGGGAGGACGAAGAGGAGGAGGAGGAGGAGGAGGAGGAGGAGGAUGAGGAGGAGGAGGAGGAGGAGGAGGAGGAGGAGGCAGAGGAGGAGGAGGAGGAGGAGGAGGAGGAGGAGGAGGAGGAGGAGGAGGAGGAGGAGCAGGGUGACGACGAGGAGGAGGAUGUGGAGGAGGAGGAAGAGGAGGAGGCAGCGGAGGAGGAGGAGGAGGAGGAGGAGGAGGAGGAGGAGGAGGAGGAGGAGGAGGAGGAGGAGGAGGAGGAUGUGGCGCCAGCAUUGGGCCGCCCGUAA